CGCCCGGCAGGCAAGCUUAGUCUGCCAGAAGCCGUCACUGAGAACGGAUGAGAAAUUGGAUGGGAAAAAUAGCCUUGCUAGUACGGAACAGAGCGCUGAUCACAGGCCCGAUUUGCUGCCGGUGAAGGAUUUUUCUUCGAUUUUCAAUUUCUUAUUCUACCAAAGCUGUUCCUUGGGAGGUUGUACUUUUUUUUGUUGUAAAGCAAGUUUGACUGCACGUGCUGUGGAACUCAGGAUAUCAAGAAGAGAGGAUAUUGAACAGCGUCCUGUGUCGUUUUGCGUUAAUCCGAGCAGAGAAAACCGAUUGGCGAAAAGUGGAAACGGUGGAAAAAAAGUGAAAAUUCGUUGGGGAAAAUCUACGAUAACCUGCCAGUAAAACCAAUAAAAAAAAAAUAAGGGAAAACGUACCAAUUGAAAGUGUUGACAAGGCACAGCUUCUGUGUGUGAUAUAUCUCGGAAGAGUGGUGUUUGUGCUGCGUUUGUUCGGCGACCAGUGAUCUCCGGGUCCGUAGGCAACAGUAGCCGGUCGGUCGGUCGGUUCGGUUUGGGUCGGUCAGGUUUUAUUAUUAUUACACUUUAUUAUAAAGUGUCGGCCCCCAUAUACGUGACUUUGUGCGGUCGAACGGAGGGGACUGAAAACGGCAAACGGCAAAGAAAUUGACCGAGCAGUUUCUUGGAGCAAAGCAAAAUAAUAAUAAUAAAAAAAACGAGAAACGUCCCGCUGAUAUACAAGUCGGUGUGACAAGUGAGACAACAAUUGAACCCGAGCUGUUCGGACGAGUGUUGCUUACAAGAUAAACUACACAAAGGAUUGUCACAACACGCGCUUUAUCGGAGGCAGCCGGUUAUUAUUACGUUCCUGUUUUGCAGUUGGCCGAGAUUGUUUGCUGCAACUUUACGAAAACAAAGUCCCCGCCCCGUUGCCGAUUCUAUCCACGAGCUGGUAAUUGAGUGAUUUAAGUCGCGACGGCGAGGGAGAAAAAAAAACUCGCGAAAACAACAAAAUUAUCCCGCGUGUGUUUGUGAAUGCACGCGCUCUACUCUAGUGGAAGGUGAAUGAACGCGAACGGUUGAAAACAACUUGUAAUGAUAAAGUAGGCAUCCUCAAUUAAAAGUGAAUAGAAUCUAUGACCGUGGAACGUAAAUCAGUGGAUAAAAAGCGCAAUCUAUUUUGCUGAUUGACUCUGAGGAUUACCGCCGGAUCCAACAUUCGCCUGCCAUCGUUCGAGAGAAACCUUCCCAUGUACUCAAUGGUGGACUGCUACAACGGUAUGGGUCAGCUGGGGCAAGAGUACGGUUCAAAAAACCCACUGAUGGACAACGCCAAUCUGGAUCACGUGACGAAGGUGAUUGCAUACCACCCCCGCUACCUGGAGCACUACCUCAACACCCAGAACUUUGUGGUGCACUGUGAUGGACCGUUGCCAUUCGAGUAUCGAUUUUACAUUGCCAUCAUGGCUGCUGCCAGACACAAAUGUACCUAUCUCGUCAAUUUAUAUGAAAAGGAAUUUCUGCUGCAGGGUGGAGAUCGAAGUUGGCUGAAAGGUUUGGAUUACAUUCCAGCCAAGCUACGUGCCAUUAGCGAUAUCAACAAAAUCCUAGCCCACCGUCCCUGGCUGCUGAGUAAGGAGCACAUAGAGCGCUUGACCAAAGGCCAAAACAGCUGGUCACUGGCGGAGGUAGUCCACGCGAUCGUCCUGCUAGCCCACUUCCACUCCCUGUCGUCUUUCGUGUUUUCCUGUGGUCUAACUCAGGAGCUGGACACAUCUAGUCAAAAAAUCGAAAACAAUAACAUUGUACCGCAAAAGACUGAUCUAGAGCAUCUGAAUGGAACAGACGGUAAAGCUUACCUUCCCACACAAAACGCAUCACAUGCGCCACUAAUGAGCUUACAUUUCGUAGCAGUUAGUAUACCGCAAACCGAGGUGACGGUAGACGCUCUGAUGCAACGCAUGAAGCGACUAUCGGAGAAAAACACCGAAUGUACGGAAACAGAGCUGAGCAACCGGUUCAAGAAUGUCGAAAUGCAGGCCGCUGAACUGCCGGCAGUUGUGUCCCGGGAAGGUGCUGUCGAUGUGCCCCAACAGAUCGGCCGCUACGUGGACGAUCCGAACUUCACCUAUCAGGACUUUGCCCGCCGUGGAGCAGAGAAUAUUCCUCAGACGUUCCGGAUACAGGACUACUCGUGGGAUGAUCACGGAUACUCGCUGGUGAACAGGCUGUACAACGAUGUCGGUUUCUAUCUGGACGAUAAAUUUCGUGUAGCAUUCAACCUGACCUACUACACCAUCGCCGGUCGAACCAACGUGGAUACGUCGAAGUUCCGGCGGGCGAUCUGGAACUACAUCCAGUGCAUCUACGGAAUCCGGCAUGACGACUACGAUUACGGAGAGGUAAACCAGCUGCUCGAUCGGACGUUGAAAAUGUUCAUCAAAACGGCCUGCUGCUUCCCGGAACGGAUCACCAAGAACGACUACGACAGCGUUCUGGUGGAGCUGCAGCAUAGUGAAAAGUUAUUUGCGAUGCCAUUUUCUCACACUUUACCACAGGUUCACGUCAAUCUGAUGAUACUGGAAGCUCGGAACCAGGCGGAACUGUUGUAUGCUUUACGUGAAAUUAUGCGUUACAUGACAUGAUUCUAGAAGUCACACACACGCACGGCGAGAUUCAACUUCAGCGGAAAUGCUACUGUUUUUUUAUCAUGUAAAAUAGGAAUUAAUGUAAAAUCGAUUAUUUUUAAACUGUGUCUUCAGGAGGCAACAGGCAGUGAAACAGAGAAUUUAUGUACAUCUAUGUUAUUGACCUUUAUAUGUAUUUUUAAGAACAGAGGAAGAAAAUGUGACGAGACUAGCUGAAAGCUGAUUGGCAAGAGAUUUGUCCGGUGAUAUAAAUGUAAACUCAAAUAAAAGCAUAAAGGCUUAGAUGAUAAAGGUACUUGUUGCAGUCGAAACCAAUGAAAGUGAUUGGAGCCAUAUUUCAAAUAAGUAGAAAUGGCUAAUGUUCAGGGCAUUACGUUAAAUUACGUUAGUAUAGUAAAAGCAACAGGUUGCACGAUUUACUCGUUAGAUAGAGAAAACAGUAACAAAUUUAUUCGAUAAUCACAGAGAAAUGCACAAUCUAAUCAUGCGAAUCUAUCAAUUCAACGAUCGGAUACUUUGCCUCCAUGGCGCUCAUAACAAGAAUAAGUGAUCAACCAGAAAUGGAAAUUUCUAUUGAAAAAUUUAAUCUGAACGGUACUCAGGAAAUCAAUCGGGAUAGAAGAACCCAUCCGAUGUCGCUCGGAAACCCACUGGAUAGUCAGAAUAAUAAGGAACAUUUUUCCAUCUUCAUAGUAAACUUUGCAACUCGAAUGAAGAAUUUUCUGCUCAUUCUUUUUUCAUUCGACUGAAAUACCUCAGUUUACCUUAUUGAGUGAUGUUUUUUUUUAAAAAUAUGUUGAAUAGUUGGAUCUCAAAUCAAAAUUCGAAUUUGUUUUUAGUAUGUCAUCUAGUUCGUGUUCGAAAUGAUUUUAUUAUGUUCUGUAAUUCAAAAAAAAACACAAAGAUAAUUAUGUCAACCAUUUGAAGAUCGCGCAAAUAAACCCAGAUUUUCAGAGUUAAAUAUUAAUGAAUUGACAUUGAUCGAUUGUGUCGAACCUAGUCCAUGAAACAAAAGAGAAAAUACGCUCUUUAUAGAAAUGAAACAAAUAAACCAAAUUCAUUACUUUCUUCGGGAAGACCAAUUGGAGAAACUUAUCAAUCCGUCGAAAACGCAUGUGUUCAAACAGAAGUGAGCGAGUAAAUAUCACACAUUUCAGCAUUCAUAUGAAACACAUGUCCAUGGCAGCAUUCAAUCCGUUCUUACUAGAUCCAAAAAUCCAGAAAACACACAGCAAAAUGUGAUUCGUUUGUGAUGGAAUGUGCCAAAAGUUUCUUUUCUCAGAAUGUUUGAAACCAAUUACUUCAACCACAUACAGUAAUUUGUCAAAUAGUGUUCACUGAGAGAAGCCUCUACUGAAGGCAGGUCCUUAUUUUAACAGAUACUACACUGUUGAGUCACAAGUCAGUAAUAAACAGAAAAGAGAAUUGUUGAUCAUUUAAUUGUUAAAGUUUUGUUAAUCAUACUGAGAGAUUGUUUCACUCUAGUAGCAGGAAAAUCCAAUCAAGGAUGAUAAUGCUAAGUUAAGUAAGUAUAUAUUUUUUAUGUUUUGUUGAACACUUUGAAAAAAAUUCUAUUCGCUGAUGUGGACACCAUGAAAUAUCCAAACAUAUAUACCUCUGCAGGUACUGUGGAAAACUAAUCAGAGUAGCGAUAAUAAUAUUAGUCAUAACACGAAAAGCACUGACCGCAACGAGUCUAUAAACAAAACAAAUAAACACUGCGUAGGAAUAUUUUGAAACAUAAGCGACGAGAGGAAAUCUGAUUGAUUUGCUGACAUACACUGUCCUGAGAAUAAACUGAAGGAUCUUCAAAUUAA